CUUCACUACCCUCUCUCUCUCUCUCUCAUCGAUAUCCUCCAAGGAUGCGUCUCUCUUCGACUCUGACGCCGGCCGUCCUCUCUCUGCUGGUCCCGGGAUCUCUCGCGUUAUCUGUUAACCUCCAGUCUCGUGCUACCACAUGCAACGGCUCUCCUGAUCUUUGUAACCGAUCCUAUGGUAACAUUACAUUCGUCGGUGCGCACGACUCCUACGCCGUCGGCAUCAACAAUUUGGCGGCGAAUCAGGAUUAUAAUGUAACUCAGCAACUGACGGAUGGUAUACGACUACUGCAAGUCCAAGCUCAUAACCUCUCCAGCGAUAUUCAACUUUGUCAUACGAGCUGCGAUUUGCUCAACGGCGGCACGUUAGACAACUAUUUGAGUCAAGUGAAAACAUGGAUGGACGGCAACCCUAACGACGUGGUGACCAUGCUCAUCGUCAACUCGGACAAUCUCGACCCGUCGCUUUUUGACCAGGUGUACAAGUCCGCUGGCGUUGACACCUUAUCCUACAACCCGCCGGCUGCAUCGAUGCCAGCAACCGGUUGGCCUACAUUGGGAACCUUGAUCGAUGCGGGAACACGUCUUGUCACGUUCCUCUCUACUACCGCGAAUUUCGCGGAAGUGCCAUACCUCAUUGAUGAAUUCUCCAACGUUUUUGAGACUCCUUUCGAUGUGACAACUACGUUCGAUUGCAGUGUCAACCGCACGAGUGGUGACCCCACCACCCAAAUGUUCCUGAUCAACCAUUUUCUUGAUCAAGUUAUCUUGGGCUUUGCCGCUCCGUUUGUCGAGGAAGCAAACGCUACCAAUGCUGUCAGUGGGUCGAACUCUCUGGGAGAGCAGGUUCAACUAUGCGUGUCCGACUACAAUCGCUCGCCGAAUUUCAUGCUUGUGGACUUUUAUGAGUACGGUAACGGAUCAGUCUUCCAAGUAGCCGCCUCUGCGAAUGGCGUAUCAUACAACCCGACUACACCCAUAGCUACACCUAUCCCCCAAGGGUCUCAGACUAGCUCGGCAUCCGGAAGUGCAGGCACUGUUAGCACAACUUCCACUAGUAUUGGUUUCGCUUUAUCCGUGAUUAUUGGGGCUAUGAGCAUUUCUUAGCGUACUGGCUUUGGACUAUCUGGAGGACUCGGACAUUCAAGUUAUAGACUACAGCUAUGUUAGCAGUGCUUUAAUCGCCAUCACUACUAGUUGGACGCUUGUA